AUGAUAUCAGCUGAAAGUUAUGCAGAGUUAAGACAACAGAUCGAGUAUAGCAAGUCAAACAGAUCGUCGUGUAAAGGAUGUAAAAAGACGAUUGCAUGUGACGAUAUGAGAGUUGGUCAUGAAACAAAGAGUAGACUAUUCGAUGGUUAUCAAGUUGCUUGGUAUCAUUUGAAAUGUGCCAAGUUCUCUCAAUGGGGAGUCACCACUGCCACACAAUUAAAACACAUAGAGUUGCUUCGUUGGAACGAUUACAUCAAGGUAAAGGAACUCUUAAAUGAUCAAACUCCAAUUGAUAAUGCUUUAGAGAAACAAAAUUACAACAAUGAUGUUAUGGCAAUCAAGGAUAAACUUGAUUUGAAAUUGGCCGGUCAAAAGGUUGUGUAUAGUGCCAACUAUUGUUUGGAAGGUUUGUCACCUGCGUCUGUCAUUCAUGCCGUUGCCGAUGGUUUGGCUUAUGGCAGAAUAGGUCCAUGUCCAACUUGUAACAAUCUCUCUGUUCAAUAUGAUGGUACUCAUUAUUAUUGUCGUGGUUGGGUUACAAUUUUUACCAAAUGUGAUUGGAGAGGAUCAAGUAUUAAAAGAUAUAGAUUUACUAUUCCAAAGGUACCAUCAAAAUAUCUUGCAGGGUUUGAAUAUUCUCAUAGCCAUCCAUACGAGUUGUUGACUGAUUAUGUUGCACCGGCUACCUCUUCUUCCACUGCUCCAUCUUCUGCCAAGGAAAAGAAAGCAAUACCAAAAAAGAAGAAAAUAGAAGAUGAUGAAGAAUUUAGUGGAUCUGAAGAUGAUGAUAAUAGUGCAGAGGAUGAGGUGGAUAAUACUCCAGUCAUCAAGAGACCAAUGCCACCAAAGGGAUCUGCUUACCUCAAGAUUGAUGAAGCAUACAAGGGUAAAGGAGAGAUUGCCAUUGAAGAUUCACCAAUCUUUGGAUUUACACCAUACAAUGUAUCACUUGUCUACACUGAUAUGAUCUAUGGUACCAAUAGCUUUUACAAAAUGUCAAUCAUCAAGGUGACCAAUUCAAAGUUUGUACUCUUUAGAAAAUGGGGUAGAAUCGGUACAUCAGUUGGUGGUGACACCCAACACAGUCACGACUCGUUGGCUGAUGCUCUUGCACAGUGGUGCGAAGUGUUUGUAGACAAGUGUGGAUACCAAUGGACCGACAGACACAAGAACCGUAACACCAAGUUACCAGGCAAGAGUUUUAUGGUUGAUUUGGAAGAAGAUCAUGACCAACCAUCUGGAUCAUCCUCCACUACUGCCGACUCUGACAGUUUCUCACGUGAUAGUGACAAGUUGCCAGCUGAGACACAGACAUUACUCAAGUUAUUGUUUGACUUUUCGAGUAUUCGUGAACGUCUUGCUUUGAUGAAAUUUGAUACUCGUAAGAUGCCACUUGGAAAGAUUUCUCGUACCCAAAUCAAGGCUGGAUACUCUACAUUGACUGAAAUCCAAGAUAUCCUUUCUCAAGAGACCGUCGUUAGAUCCAAGUUGAUCGACGCAUCCAACCGCUUUUACACACUCAUUCCACACGACUUUGGAUACAGUGUACCACCCAUCAUUGACAAUAUCCAACUACUCAAGGAAAAGAUUAGAAUGGUCGACACGAUCGACGAUGUUGAAGUCGCCAACAACCUCAAGAAACUGUGUCUCCAAGCCGGUAACUCUAUGGACACUAGCUAUGACGCACUCAAGUGUAACAUCGAACCUGUCGAUCCCGACUCUUAUGUCUAUUCGUAUUUACGUGAGUUGGUACUCUCUACCAACGACUCGCCACAAGGUAUCGCCAUCAAGCACAUCUUCCAAGUCGAUCGUCAAGGAGAAGCAGAACGUUACCAACAAUGGGAUCACAAUGCCAACAAACAACUCUUGUUCCAUGGAUCACGUACCCAAAACUUUAUCGGUAUUCUUGGACAAGGUCUCAAGAUUGCUCCACCCGAAGCACCAAAAACAGGUUAUCGUUUCGGUAAGGGUGUCUAUUUUGCCGAUUGUGUCAGUGUGUCGAAUGGAUAUUGUGGUGCCACUCCCAACUAUCCCUACACUAUUGUUGCUCUUGCUGAAGUCGCACUUGGUACAUCUGAAUCGUGUCACAUCGAUACCUAUAUGGAAACUGCUGGUUUUGGUUAUCAAUCCACCAAGGCUAUCGGUGAAAGAACACCAGCCCUCUAUGAUAAUUUCCAAGAUACCAGUGUACUUCGUGGACCCGUCGUUGCCAAUGGUCUCACUACCAGUUGUACUCACAAUGAAUAUGUCAUCUAUGAUACAACUCAAGUUAGAUUAAAAUAUUUACUUUUAAUUGAAAAUCAAUUUAACAACUAA